GCACUCGAUUCGCUAACAGAAGAAAAAAAAUCGGAUAGAGAAGUUUUUUACGGGCUCUACUUUCGGUAUUUAUUUCGGACGUCCGAUCCUGUAAAGGUUAGGUUUAGGGUUUCUCUGAUUCGGGCAGAAAUGUCGACGGCGGCGGAGGGGGAGCAGGGACAGAUGAUGAGGGAGCAGGGACCGCAGGGACAGAUGAUUAGGGAGCAGGAACAGAUGGUGGAGGAGCAGGGACAGAUGGUGAGACCUGCAAUGAGGAAGCCGGUGUUCGUGAAGGUGGAUCAGUUGAAGCCGGGGACGAACGGACACACUCUUUCGGUGAAGGUUCUUGAAUCGAAGACCGUGUUACAGAAGAGUCGGGCGGCAUCUACCCAGCCCCGACAAUCGAAGAUUUCCGAAUGCAUCGUCGGAGAUGAGACAGGGACCAUCAUUUUUACCGCUCGCAACGACCAGGUUGAUAUGAUGAAGGUUGGUGCGACAGUGACCCUCCGCAAUGCUAAGAUAGAUAUGUUCAAGGGGUCGAUGAGGCUGGCUGUAGACAAGUGGGGGCGUGUUGAGGUAACUGAACCUGCGAGCUUUUCAGUCAAGGAUGGUAACAACCUUUCUUUAGUGGAGUAUGAGUUGGUCAAUGUGGCUGAAGAGUGAAAAACAAAUCAGAAAUCUCUUCGUAUAGAACCUUUCUUGCUUUGUUUAAAUCUGCUUCCCUAAUCAUUAGUUGUCUUCACAAAAUCUUAAGCGUCUUUUGUCAGAAAUCCUGGUGUUGGUUUCUUCUGUGUUGAACUUCUUAAAAAAGUUUUAUUUUAUGGUGCAUUAGGGGCACUUUUAUGCUUACUGUGGAUUUUGGA